AUAAAAAUAUAUAGUUUUCGGAAAACAUAGCAACAAGCUACUAACUUCACGCGGGUUUGGUUCUCUUUCACGCGAACAGCGAACACGGCAAGAUGUUCACAGCAAGCGCCAAAAUUAUGAAAAGUGGCGGGGCUGAGCCUGAUCAGUUUGAGGCCAGCAUCUCCCAGGCUCUCCUUGAACUUGAGAUGAACAGUGAUCUUAAAUCCCAGCUUAGGGAGCUUUAUAUCACUAAGGCCAGGGAAAUUGAAACUAACAAUAAAAAGUCCAUCAUCAUCUAUGUCCCAAUGCCAAAGCUGAAGGCUUUCCAAAAGAUUCAGACCAGGCUAGUACGAGAAUUGGAGAAGAAAUUCUCUGGCAAGCAUGUCAUGUUUGUUGGUGAGAGAAAAAUUCUUCCUAAACCUACCCGUAAGACCCGCACCAAGAACAAGCAGAAGAGGCCUAGGAGCCGUACCCUUACUGCCGUAUAUGAUGCUCUUUUGGAGGACCUUGUAUACCCAGUAGAAAUCGUUGGAAAGCGUAUUCGUGUUAAGCUGGACGGUUCUCAGCUGAUUAAGGUUCAUCUUGACAAAACUGAGCAAACAAAUAUUGAGCACAAGGUUGACACCUUCGCUUCUGUCUACAAGAAACUCACGGGUCGUGACGUGACGUUCGAAUUCCCUGAAACCUACGUGUAAUUUACACUUUAAUAAAAAUAAUUAAAAGUGCAUUUAA